AUGGCACUGUCGGACGAGAACACCUUUGGGUACGUUAAGCAAAUGGUCCAAGACUGGCGGGAGACGGCGCGGGAGAGGCGGAAUAUGGAUGUGAUGUCAUCCACGACGAGUCUGGUGGCCGAAGAGAAAAUGGUUUACCCUAUUAGCGAUUCCAAACCGCGUGCCCGGGCUAACUCAUUGGCCUGCGGCGAGCGCCGCGAAUCCAGUUUCUACCAUCAAAAAUUUUCGGGGAGAGCAAACCCAGUGGAGAUCGAGCGGAGCAAGGGGGGCAGGGAGCCGGAUCGGAUUAGGGUCAGCACCGAUGUGAAUCUUUACCUGUACCAACCAGUACCCCUCAACGACGCCUUAAGGUCCUCCUUGAAAAAUGCUGGCAAGCCGACCAGUAGCACCAGUUUGUCCUCGCCGAAACCAGUCAAUGUCUAG